AUGUCGAACAGCGGCAGCGUUUCUGUGGCAGCUCAGGCGGAGCUGCUGGAGAAGGAGAAAACGGUGGCGGAGCAUCAGCAGCGCCUGGAGUCUCUGCGUGACACGGUCAAGACGAUGGCAACGCGUCAGGUCACUUUGAAGCGCACAGAGCGCCGCUGUCGAAUCACUGUAGGAGAGCUCACAAAACUCAAGCCGGAGCACGUGGUGUACCAGGGCGUUGGCCGCGCCUUCAUGCGCACCCCCGUCAACAAGCUGAUUGACCUGAACAGCGAAGAGGUUGAGCGCUGCGAGGCUGAGGAGAGUCGUCUGUCGCAUGAGAAGCAGCGUACCUCGGAGCUGGUCACCAAGGAGGAAGGUGAACUGCGGCGCGCCGUUGAGGAGUUCCGUGCAGUGCUGAUGGUGGUGCAGGCAACCCAGUCUCGCAGCCAGCAGAGCGCUUGA